GGGGAAAGGACAGAGGAACUUCCUUUUUCGGCUCACUUAUGGGAGGAGAAUGGCGUCGCGGGUCCUCUUCCGGUGCCUCGAGGGUCGAAGCGGCUCCCGGGAGGUUCAGCAGCCAUUUUUUAAACACUAAUGAAACUAAUCCAUUAAUAUGAAUCGUAUAGACAGAGAAGAUGUCAAGAAAAGCACUCCGGACAACAGAGAAUGAGAAGCAGCAUUAAAAUGCAAAACAAACCAUCAAUCAAAAUCUUUUCCAUGGCGGGAGACAAAGGAGAGAAUAACAGGAACAGAGAUUUCAGGUAGAAAAAAAUAUGGAACUCAAGAAAAUAUUGCAUGAAAAAGUACAAAGGCAUUAAUGAAAGCGUUUGAGGAAGGAAAGCAUCUUGGAUCAAAGCACCACCAGACAAGGUCAUCAGAAAUAUUUUUGACCUCCUCAUGAAUCCAAGAAUAUCAGUGUUGGAAAAAUCCCACUGACUGCCUAUUUUGGGAAGAACACAGAUUGCAGAUCACAUCUGAUGUUUGCAUAAGUCCAUCCACCUCUUGAAAACCCAUGCAAAUGUUUGGAUGGUGGCAAAAGCUUUACUCAGAACAGCACUCCCAUUAUUCAUGGAAGGACCGAUGCAGGAGGAGCAGCUCUACCAGUGCUCCCAGUGUGGGAAAAGAUUUAGCAAGAACACCAAUCUGGUGAGACACAAGAGAACUCACAUUAGGGAGAAACGCUUUGAAUGUCCCGUUUGUGGGAAAAGUUUCAGUCAGAAUUCCAACCUGGUAAAGCACCAGUGGACUCACACGGGAGAUAAACCAUAUCAAUGUUUGGAUUGUGGAAAAAGUUUCAGUCAGAAUUGCCAUCUCGACAUACACAGGAGAACUCACACGGGAGAUAAACCAUAUCAAUGUUUGGAUUGUGGGAAAAGUUUCAGUCAGAGUUCCCAUCUUGUCAUACACAUGAGGACUCAUAAUGAGGAGAAACUCUUUGAAUGUCCUUUUUGUGGGAAAAGUCUCAGUCAGAAUUCCAGUCUGAUAAAGCACCAAAGAACUCACACGGGAGAGAAAUCAUAUGAAUGUCUGUAUUGUGGGAAAAGUUUCAGUCAUAAUUCCAACCUGGUGAUUCACCAGAGGACUCAAACAGGAGAGAAAUCAUAUAAGUGUCUGGAUUGUGGAAAAAGUUUCACUGGGAAUUCAAAACUGGUGAGACACCAGAAAACUCACACAGGAGAGAAACCAUAUGAGUGUCUGCAUUGUGGAAAAAGAUUCAGUGAGAAUUCCAACCUGGUGAUACAUGAGAGAACUCACACAGGAGAAAAACCGUUCAAAUGUCUGGAUUGUGGGGAACGUUUCAGUCAAAAUUCCUACCUGGUGGGACACCAGAAGAUACACACAGGAGAAAACCCAUAUGAAUGUCCUGAUUGUGGGAAAAAAUUCUUUCGAAAUUCCAGCCUGGUUAGACAUCAGAGGACUCACACAGGAGAGAAACCAUAUAAGUGCCCAGAUUGUGGGAAAAGUUUCAUUCGGAAUUCCUGCCUGGUAAGACACCAGGGGACUCACACGGGAGAGAAACCAUAUGAAUGUUUGUAUUGUGGGAAAAGCUUCAGGCUUAAUUCCUUCCUGUUUAGACACCAGAAAACUCACACAGGAGAGAAACCAUAUGAGUGUCUGCAUUGUGGAAAAAGAUUCAGUGAGAAUUCCAACCUGGUCUUACAUGAGAGAACUCACACAGGAGAAAAACCAUUCAAGUGUCUGGAUUGUGGGAAAAGUUUCAGUCAGAAUUCCUACCUGGUGGGACACCAGAGGAUACACACAGGAGAAAAACUAUAUGAAUGUCCUGAUUGUGGGAAAAAUUUCAUUCGAAAUUCCCACCUGGUUAAUCAUCAGAGGACUCACACAGGAGAGAAACCAUAUAAGUGUCCAGAUUGUGGGAAAAGUUUCAUUCGGAAUGCCAACCUGAUUAGACAUCAGAGGACUCACACAGGAGAGAAACCAUUUGAGUGUCCAGAUUGUGGGAAAAGUUUCCGUCAGAGUUCCCACCUAGUUAAUCAUCAGAGGACUCACAAAGGAGAGAAACCGUAUGAGUGCCCAGAUUGUGGAAGACGUUUCACUUGUAAUUCCUACCUGUUUAGACAUCAGAGGACUCACACAGGAGAGAAACCAUAUGAAUGCCCAGAUUGUGGAAAGAGUUUCUCUCAGAAAUAUAAUAUGGUGAAACAUCAGUCUACUCACAUAGAAGAGAAAUCAUAUAAAUGUCGUGACUGUGGGAAAUGUUUCAGUCAGAAUUCCUACUUGGUAAUACACCAGAGGAAUCACACGGGAGAGAAACCGCAUGAGUGUAUAGAUUGUGGGAAAAAUUUCAGAUGGAACGCUGAGCUGGUGAUACACCAGAGGACUCACACAGGAGAGAAGCCGUAUGAGUGUCCGGAUUGUGGGAAAGAUCUCAGUAGUAGGUCUAGCCUUAUAAAUCAUGUAAGGUUACACACAGGAGAGAAACCAUUCAAAUGCCCAGAUUGUGGAAAAUGUUUCACAUAUUAUACUGCCUUUUUCAGACACAAGAAAUCACACAGGCAAAAUUUGAUGUGUGUAGAGGAAUGUUGAAUUUCAUUUUUCUUCUCUAAUAGGAAGCACAGCUGAGAAACUAAACUUUUAAUUUCUUGCCAUAUUCUUUUUAGUCAGAUGUGUUUUAGUAUCAAACAUGAGGGAGAAGAUCUGAGCUUUCUUUCUCUGGCCCAGUGUGGUCACUCCCUUCCACAGAGUCAAGGGGAACUGCUGUGCUGGGACAGUGAAAGCCAGCUUGCAUCUGUAUUAAGUGUGUUUGCCGCCUUGAGUUACUUCUACACAUAAAUAUAUUAUUUGUUAAGAAAAUGUAUAUGCCAGGCCACCUGGCUCUAUUAUGGCCCUCCUUGUGCCAUUCUUGUUCAAAAGUGGUCAUCUUUCUCCUUGCAAAGAGCUAAAUUGGAGACGUUAACCACAGGAUUAGAUCUUCCUUGCUUUAACGAAGACUAGGAGGAUAAUGGCCUGCCAUUCUUCAGGGGAAAGAGUGUCUCAUAGGGCAGUGUCUGCCGCAGAAAAGGCUCACUUCCUAGCUCCUAUCAGAUGACAAUAGUUAAGGAAAGGGGCUAGGUGCACUUAUCUGACCUGGUAGAACAGAUAGAUGCAGAAAUAAUAAAGUGGAACAUUUUAUUUGGUCCUGAGGGGGCUUGAAGCUAACUCAGCCCUCUGUCCUUCUGAGAUCGGUAAACUGAGAACCCAGAUUGUUGGGGAGAAUAUGCUGACACUGUAAGCCGAGAGUGCUAUAAAGCACAUUGGGGUGGUGUAUUAAUGCCAAGUGCAAUUGCUACAAUAAAUAAAUACCUUUAAAUGUGA